UCAAAAUCGAAAAUCUCUUCCUACUGAUAUUAUUCCUCUCUCGACGACAACCACGAAACGACAAACCUCGCCGCUUCGACAUCAAUCAAUAUGGUAAGCUAAUGAAUUGUUUUUGACUCUGUUUUUAAUGGAAUAAUACGACUCGCCAUCAGCUCUCGUACCUCUACGAGUAAUCGCACGUCGAGAUGCAAUUUUCAAUCAAUUUACCUUUCGAGGUUUUUGAUUUUGAUUUGGCUUGAGCUAUAUCUGUGUAGAAAUACCAGUAUAGUCUCUUUAGAGUUCAAAGAAGACACUUGGUGAACAUUCGCUGAUGUCUACUUUUCUCAAUGACAGCCUCCAAAGUCCGGAAAGAAGGCGGCGCCAGCCCCAUUCCCCCAGUCCAAAGCUGGUGCGGGAUCAAAGAAGGCAGCCAAGGUACGUGAAAUCUAUUCCUUUUUCUGCGACUAUCCAAUGCUAAUGAGAAUAAGAACCCUCUCAUCGAGAAGCGUACCCGUAACUUCGGUAUCGGUCAAGACAUCCAGCCCAGAAGAAAUCUUUCCCGUAUGGUGAAGUGGCCCGAGUAUGUCCGUCUUCAACGCCAAAAGAAGAUUCUCAACAUGAGAUUGAAGGUCCCACCUGCGAUCGCUCAAUUCCAACACGUUCUCGACCGUAACAGCGCUGCUCAAGCCCUUAAGCUCCUCAACAAGUACCGCCCAGAAUCCAAAGCCGAGAAGAAGGAACGUCUCUUGAAGGAGGCUACCGCCAUCAAGGAGGGAAAGAAGAAGGAGGAUGUUAGCAAGAAGCCAUACGCCGUCAAGUACGGUCUUAACCACGUUGUUGGUUUGAUCGAAGCCAAGAAGGCUUCUUUGGUUCUCAUCCCUAACGAUGUUGACCCAAUUGAGUUGGUUAUCUUCCUCCCAGCUUUGUGCAAGAAGAUGGGUGUCCCUUACGCUAUCAUCAAGGGUAAGGCCAGACUCGGUACGGUCGUCCACAAGAAGACCGCUGCCGUUCUCGCCCUUACUGAGGUCCGCUCCGAGGACAAGUCCGAGUUGUCAAAAUUAGUUCAAGCCAUCAAGGAGGGACAUGAUGAAAGCGCCACCAGACACUGGGGUGGUGGUAUCAUGGGUGCUAAGGCUAACGCCCGUACUGAGAAGAAGCGCAAGGCCCUUGAGAGCGCUAUCAAGAUCUAAAUGUGAUCAUGUAGUGACUUUUACUUACGGCGUUUUUUUAUGAUAUUAUGGCAUGGCAAGGGACACUUAGCUAGGCAAGCAGCUUGAGAAAUCAAAAUAUGAAAGGCUGUAUGGUACCAUAAUUUAUCU